AUGCCACCUGCAAAGCCUCAACCACGCACUCAAACAGUGCCUGAGUGGUCGAAACCAAUCCCUCUACCUCCUCGUCAACGUCGUCGUGAACUCGAUCCGUUCACUCGCACUAAGAUCGUUGAAUUACGCCAAACUGCUGGCUGGACAUGGACUCGGAUAUUCGAGCAUUUUCAACGCGAAAUUCCACUAUCAACUCUUCGAUCCACUGUCAACAGAGCCAAUGGGCGUAUAAACAAUAUCAGUCAAGCUCGCAGUGGUCGUCCCCGCAAGUUGAAUAGUGACGAUAUUGCUAAAAUCUAUAAGAAGAUUGAGGAGAACCCCAAGGUCUCAUAUGAAGAUCUUCUUGCAGAAGUUGAUCAUAAAGUUACAAAACAAUCGAUUUGGCGACUUCUUGCUGAAAAGGGCCGAACGAAAUGA